CGCGGGACUUCUUUUCUCCUCAUCUUGGAUUCACCUGUGCUGAACUUCAGUUGGACCGAAAAUACAAAAAUCUUUCUUCAACGAGGUUCUGUUCAAGACGUUAAAAAAUGACUGGUCGUGCACGAGCGAGAUCAAGAGGAAGAGCACGUGGUCAGGAGACCACAGCACCUGGCGCGAGCCAGUCUCGAGAGCCCGCACCUGCACCUGCACCACCUACAGAGGGGGAGCUGGUUGGAAGAGGGAGACAGAAGGGCACCCCCGGACCCUUCAGUGGAGAAGCUGUACUCCAGAUUUCAGCAGGAUUUCAGCAGGUCAAACUUGGCGAAAGAGGCGGACGCCGCCGGGACUUUCAUGAUGCAGGGAUCAACACCAGGCAGGCGAUGGAGCAUGUUAGGGAUUCAAAGACGGGAACCUCUGGCCGUAGAAUUCAACUGUCUGCAAACUUCUUUCGCAUCCUGUCCCGCCCUCAGUGGGUUCUGUAUCAAUACCAUGUGGACUUCAAACCCCCAAUGGAGUCCCGUCGCCUGAGAAUUGCUCUCCUUUUCCAACAUGAAGAGACACUAGGGUCAGCACGGAGCUUUGAUGGAGCUCUGCUUUUUCUGCCUCACAGACUUCACAGCAAGGAGACUGUGGUCUUCAGUGAGACAAGGAAUGGGGAGAAGGUUCAGAUUACAAUCACCUUGACAAACGAAUUGCCACCAACAUCUCCUGUUUGCAUUCAGUUUUACAACAUCAUCUUCAGACGGAUCUUGAAAGUUCUCAACAUGCAGCAGAUUGGACGCAACUACUACAACCCUGGCGAUCCACUCAACGUCCCACAACACAAGCUGACCAUCUGGCCAGGCUACACCACCACCAUCCUGCAUUACGAGUCGUCUAUUAUGAUGUGUACGGAUGUGAGCCACAAGGUCCUGCGCAGUGAGACGGUCCUGGACUUCAUGAUCAACCUGAGGCAACAGUGUGGAAACCAGCGCUUCCCUGAAAUCUGUGCCAAGGAGCUCAUUGGACUCAUUGUCCUCACCAAGUACAACAACAAGACCUACAGGAUCGAUGAUAUUGCCUGGGAUCACACUCCCAACAACACUUUCAAGAGGGGAGACACAGAAGUUUCCUUCAAGAAUUACUACAAGAGUCAAUAUGGCCUGGACAUUGUUGAUGGAAACCAGGUACUGCUGGUCAGCCAUGUGAAGAGGCGGGGUCCUGCUGGAGGUCCUGAACCUGGCCCUGCCUUACUCAUCCCUGAGCUGUGCUUUCUUACAGGCCUGACUGACAAGAUGCGAAAUGAUUUCCAAAUAAUGAAGGACCUGAGCAGUCACACACGACUGACUCCGGAUCAGAGGGAGGGACGCCUCAACAGAUUCAUCUCCAGCAUUCAGAAGAAUCCUCAGGCACAGUCAGAGUUGGAUAAGUGGGGACUCAGCUUCGAUAGGACGCUCCUAAACCUGACUGGCAGAAUCCUCCCAGGGGAGAGGAUUUACCAGGGACCAAGAUCGUAUGAUUUCAACCCACAAUCAGCCGACUGGUCCAGAGAGAUGCGUGGGGUACCUUUGAUCAGCUCACCUCCACUGAACAACUGGCUCCUGCUUUACACCCGCCGUAACGGCAACGAAUCACAAUCUCUCCUUCAGACCCUCGGCAAAGUCUCAGGCCCACUUGGUAUCCGCAUGCAGAGAGCCACCAUGAUUGAGUAUGAAGAUCAUCAGGAGUCUCUGCUCAGAGCUCUGCAGCAUAAUGUUGGACCUCAAACACAGAUGGUUGUGGUGGUCCUCCCCAGCAACAGGAAGGACAAGUAUGACAGUGUCAAGAAGUAUCUGUGUGUGGACUGCCCCGUGCCCAGCCAGUGUGUGGUUGGCCGUACGAUCAGCAAGCCUCAGGCGCUCAUGACUGUGGCCACCAAGAUCGCACUGCAGAUGGCAUGCAAGAUGGGAGGAGAGCUGUGGAGUGUGGAAAUCCCCCUCAAGCAACUGAUGAUUGUGGGCAUCGACUGUUAUCACGACAUUUCAGCAGGAAAACGGUCCAUUGGAGCGCUGGUGGCCAGCCUGAACAACAGCAUGAGCAGGUGGUACUCAAAGUGUGUGCUGCAGCACAAAGGUCAGGAGAUCAUGGAUGGACUGAAGAUGGCCUUAUCUGGUGCACUGAAAGACUACAUGAAGUUCAACAACUGCUUGCCUUCACGCAUCAUCGUGUACAGAGAUGGAGUGGGAGACGGCCAGCUGCACAGCGUGGUCAACUACGAGGUCUCUCAGAUCUUGGAGUCUAUUAAGUCCAUGGGACACGACUACAUGCCCAAGCUGAGCGUGGUGGUGGUGAAGAAGCGCAUCGCCACCAGGUUCUUUGUCCAGAACAACGGCAAAUCAGACAACCCUCCCCCAGGCACCGUCGUUGACUCAGAGGUCACCCGCCCAGAGUGGUACGACUUCUACAUCGUGAGCCAGGCCGUCCGCAGUGGAAGCGUGUCUCCGACUCACUACAACGUGGUGUACGACACCAGUGGACUAAAGCCUGACCACAUGCAGAGGCUCACCUACAAAAUGUGCCACAUGUACUUCAACUGGCAGGGGACCAUCAGAGUACCCGCUCCCUGCCAGUAUGCCCAUAAGCUGGCAUUCCUCGUGGGUCAGAGCAUCCACAGAGAGCCAAACGUGAAACUUGAGGACCUCCUCUUCUACCUGUAAGGACAGAAAAAUGCUGGGCUCUGACUCUUUGGUUACCUUGUAGAGAAGCAUGUUGUACAUACGUUUGUAUGUAAACCUUUCUUUUUUUUGUAAAGUUCUUCUGAGUUUAAAAGCAAAUAGGUUCAAAAUGUUGAUAAAUGAUGAGAGUUCAGUUGUUUGUAGAGUCAGAGGAGUCUGUGUAUUAAAUUACACAGUUUGAGGUUUCUAAUGAAUAUUGAAGUUAAAUUUCAGAUUUAAAUGUGUGCAGUGUCCCCCGUUUGACACUUAGUGAUGUGGAUAAAGAUAUUUAAAGGUCCCUCGUGAGUUAACAAAGCUGAAAUCAGACUUGAAUUCAUGUACCAACUUCAGUAUCAAUGUUUUUGGUUUUUCAGUCAGGAAAUCUUUUAAAAUAGCACUUUCUUUGUAGGAAUACAAAAAUUCUGAGUUUUUAAAUGAGCCACCUUGUGAUUUAAAGAUGAAAGUGCUGCAAGUGUCCUCCAUAGUGAGGAAAAAAGUAUUUUUGUUUGUGUCAAGGCUCAAUACUGUUGUAAUAAACUUUUUGUUCCA